AUGCACUUAGCAGCCCAGCUGAGGACUGUAGAAGGAUCUACACUUAAGCUUGUGCCUCUCAUUGGACCUGUAAAGCAGAAUGAGGAAGGGACGGUGCUGGCUCCUGAAGUUUGGUUUGUUCUCGUUUGCCUGAAAAAUGCGAAGGGACAGGAGUUGUUUGACCAGAUUGUGUAUCAUUUGGACCUUGUGGAAACUGAUUACUUUGGCCUACAAUUCAUGGAUGCUUCCCAGGUUACACACUGGUUGGACCAUUCUAAACUCAUUAAGAAGCAAAUAAAAAUUGGACCUCCGUACACAUUGCACUUUCGAAUAAAGUACUAUUCAUCAGAACCGAACAACCUUCAUGAGGAAUUUACAAGGUACCUGUUUGUAUUACAGCUCCGACAAGACAUUCUUUCAGGGAAACUGAAAUGCCCGUAUGAAACUGCUGUUGAACUAGCAGCUCUGUGUCUUCAAGCUGAGCUGGGAGAAUGUGAACACCCUGAGCACACACCAGAACUGGUGUCUGAAUUCAGGUUUGCACCAAACCAGACAGAAGCAAUGGAAUUUGACAUCUUUCAGAAAUGGAAAGAGUGCAGGGGGAAGAGCCCAGCGCAAGCUGAACUGUGCUACUUGAACAAAGCUAAAUGGCUAGAAAUGUAUGGUGUAGAUAUGCAUGUAGUUAAGGGAAGAGAUGGUUGUGAAUAUGCUCUUGGACUGACACCAACAGGCAUAUUGAUCUUUGAAGGAGCAAACAAAAUAGGCUUAUUCUUUUGGCCUAAAAUCACGAAAAUGGACUUUAAGAAGAGCAAACUAACGCUUGUCGUGGUAGAAGAUGACGAACAGGGCAGAGAGCAAGAGCACACAUUUGUUUUCCGGUUAGACAGUGCCAAAACUUGCAAACACUUGUGGAAGUGUGCAGUGGAACACCAUGCUUUCUUCAGACUGCGAGCCCCAGCAAACAGUAAAUCUAGUAGAUCUGACUUCAUAAGGCUGGGAUCACGCUUCAGAUUCAGUGGACGGACAGAGUAUCAAGCAACGCAUGGGACAAGAUUACGCAGAACUAGCACAUUUGAAAGAAGGCCCAGCAAGCGAUAUCCUUCUCGAAGGCAUUCAACUUUUAAAACAAACAAUCCUGUGAAAGCAGCACAACUGUGUGCUAAAAAUACUCCCGAAGUCCAUAGCUACCAGCCACAGUAUCAUCCUAAUAUUCAUCCUGCUCAGCCACACUGGCAUCCACAUACACCUGUAAAUGUAAGCUAUCCCUUGAACAACAGUGAUCUGCAUCCGUUCAACAUUGAGGAGAACGGUGGAGCACCUUAUGCCACGAAAAUGCCUGCAAGGCACCAUCACCACCACCGUCACCACCACCACCACCCUAACUAUGGUGCCCUUGCUCCUGACAGCAAAGACCUUGUUUCUGGAAUUCCAAAUCCAAACAAUGGCAGAAGCUAUGGAGCACUGGACAAACAGCAUCUUGCCAUCCACCUUGGCACCCAGGUCCAAAGCUACAAAGGAGGAGUAGCUGAAGGAAACUUAGACCAAGAAUUGAGCUCAGGACUUCCCCUUCUUUAUGAUGAAACUUCUCAUCUGAAGAAAAUAGAAACGGAGAGUGUGAAGGUAGUUGGACCAUGGCCAGCCCUGCACAUCAGCAUGAACAAGAGUGAAGAGAAGAAAGUAUCUGAAAAGACUCUUCAUGCCCCUGUGUCACCUUCUUCUGUUCCUGAUCAUAUGAAAUGUAACAUCCUUAAAGCUCAAGUAGAAGCUGCUUUUAGAGUGGGUGCUCAGGCUGUGAAAGAAGAGACCUCCUUUGUAAAUCCCAGUAAGACCUCCAGCCUGCAGGACCCUAAUGUAAGAAGUCCAGCUCCAGUGCGACCUGAAACUACGCCAUCAACUGGCCCUACAGAAAAGCAAGAAAUUAAAGUUUCUCGUGUGAGGAAGUUAACAAGACAGUACAGUUUUGAUGAAGAUGACCUUCCUCCAGCACUGGCAGCAGCGGCAGCAGCAGCCACAUCUGUGUCUUCAGCAUCUCCCAGCUCACAGAAAAUGUGUACGCCACAGAUGUCGGAAGGGCAAGCACAGGUUUCGCCUGGUGCCAAGAGUUCCACAGAUGCUGGAAGUACAUUUGCUUUGGAGCCAGGAGACCUCCUGAUGGAUUUCACAGAGGCCACACCUAUGAUAAAGACAUUCCCCGCUGAUACAUCUAAUCCUUUUUUCGAUCCUUUUACAACAGUACCACAGUUUUCUGCAGAAUUUACAGACAGCAAAUUACCAUGUUGUGCCGUGCAGUCAUCUCCUAAGAUAUCGCCGAUGACUCCAUCGCCUGUCCUGAGAUCUUUGGCAGAGACGGUGCCAACCCCAACGGUGCAGACAAUAUAUCCGUCACACAAACCUAUUUCACUGGCGGACAGCGCCGAGACCCUGAGGCGUGAACUCGAGCGAGAGAAGAUGAUGAAAAGACUGCUGAUGACGGAGUUGUGAAAUCCUCGCUCCCGUCAGACGGAGACUGGAUUGGGGCCUUUCACGUGCCUUCUGUCUGUUUACAUUCCUCUGCUUCUGUGUACUCCGCAUAACGCAUCGGGAAAAUGGGCGAUGUUCCUGGCUCGCCUGCAUUCACCACCGAGGGUUAAAAGGAAGGCUCGGCCAGACUUUAACUCGGAGGAGUUCCUUUAUUCGUUUGCUGCUGGGAAAGAAACCGGCACUCCUUUAUCUCUCCUGAGAUUUUAUACUAUUCGUACGAUUAAUUUUAGGGUUGGUUUUGGUAAAUCUAGGGCAAAAAGGAUCAGCAAGAAGCAUACUGAUUUCUAUUGGGAAACACUGUUCUGUACAUAUGUUAAUAACUGCACAGAGAUUAAUGUUAUGCAGAAUAUUUUGAUAGUAACAUAGAAAAAAAUGUCAUUUUGUACAACUGAAAAUUGCAAGAGCCACUGCUAUUUGUUAAAGAGUCAUUUUUAAAGUAGAAGAAUGAUUAUUACAUCCUAACCCCAGGACUGUUUCUGUCUCCACAGAAAAAUAAACAGCUGUCUUAUCAAAUUCCUAACCUUAACCUUUACUCAGAGAUUUAAAUAGCUGCAAGGGGGAAAGACAUCCCUCCGUACGGAUACGUGCCCCCAUCGCUCCCUAUAGUUUGUCAUCUUGACCUAAAUCUUAAACUGAAUCUUACUUGUAUUUCCAUUAAUGAAAAAAAUCCGUUAUUUAAAGUAAUUUGCUACUGACUUUCUAGCUUGAUAUUGACUUUUUUAAUUAAGUGGGAAGUUUGAACUUCUCCGAGUUGCCUACGUAUGAGGGCUUGCCCACGCUAGGGGAGCUUCUGCCGAUGCAGUGGAGUUCGCAGAGCCUCAUCGGCGUGGACAUAGCUUACGCAGAGGGCAUAUUUUUCCUUCCUGGACUGCUGAACUGCCUUCCUGAAUGACGUGAAUUGACUGGUCAAUUUAAAUAAUAGUAGUGAUUGACGGCGUGGCUGUGUCUGUACCAUUUUUUCGCACUGCCGAUUGAUCGGUGUGUCUGUGUCGGCCCACCUCUGAGCGGUAGGGCUGGCUCCGCGCAGAGGAGCCUCUACUUUCGGUGGAACUAUCUCAGGCAUAAGGUUACGUGGGUGUUUAAAUGUUAGCGGUAUUGCAGCUUCAAGGAAUGUAUUGAUGGCAUAAAGGUAACAAUACCAAACAAUUUCCUGUGAAAAAAAGCAGCUCCCCAUUUUCCCCAGUUUAGUAGUGUGGAAUUACCUGGAAAGCUACCAACAACCGACUAUCAGCUACAAAAUACUCUUCCAACAGGAAAGCUUUUAUGUGUUUUAUAUGGCUGAAGAUGUAUAUUUUUCUGUUACUCUGUACACUAUGUUCUCUUGUUUGUAUUAAGAUAAAAGGUUGCCCUUAAUUUGAUACUGAUUACUAUGGCUUUAUCUCAGCUUAACCAGUUUCUUAGCGUGAAGGCUGGGAAGUGAUUGCUCUGAGCCUGAGUUUCCUUCCGAGUUAGCCUGUGCUUUUUUUCUGAUAGGAGAAACCCUGAGAGCGUUAUAGGACUCUGGAUUGUAACGUGGUGGUAGAAAAUGAUUCGCCUAUUUUAUGUGUAGUGGGACAAGAAAUUAGCAUAAUGCUCCCCACUUCAGUCCAGCAACCCCAAACCUUCACAGUUGCUCUAAAAUGGGGCAAAACAAACAGCACUAGUGUUAGGGAGAAACCAGCUGUACAAAAUGCAGUGAAGUAGCUCAGCAUGAGGAACAGGCAGAAGCAGACAUAGAAAUACACCUGGACUGCGGGUUUUAAAGCACUCAGAGGACUUUGCUGAGUAAUCAAAUACAGCUUGUACACUGUCCGCCUUCUAGUUACUGUGCCAAGAUAUUUUUGUGGCAUGUUUUUACAUACCUCUCCAUCAGUCUAAGGUUAUUAAAAAGGGAUUAGGAACAUCAAAUCCCUGUGAAGAAAUCGGAAAGGAGGAGGGAGGAGAGUAGCAGAUAUACAAGACUGCAUCUUCCUUUUCCUGUUAUCCUUUUCUCACCACUUCCCACAAGGAUAUUGGUGGAGGGAGAAGUGGCAGCAUGUUUUGUCUGCACCUAAAUAAAGGUGAUCGUUGUAAAGAAUAAAGAAGAGGAAAGUCUAGCUAGAGGUGUGAUUUUUGGAGAGGGAAGCAAGUUGGAGUUGCAGCGCAGCACUGACUCCAGCUGAAUCUGGUCUCUUUGCCUGCUAUUAGGCAAUUCCUGGUUGCAUGUGAAGCAGCCGGCUGUUUCACAACGUCAGCAAGGAAAACAGAUGUGAGCACAGCCUUUAGUGUUACUGAUUGCCUUGGAGUCCUUCAAGAGUGUGGGAAGGGACACUGGAAACUCUGGAAUAUGCCGUGAGGUUUGGGGACAAACCCAGUGACCUGCAUGAGGGCAGUCUAGUCACGUAAGCAAAUGCCUUCAGCAAACCUGAAUGCCUGGCUCAGAGCAGCCCAUCAGAUUUUCUGCCCCACAAACAAGCUAUUGGUUUACUGGUUUAAAUGCAGCAUUUUAUUCCUAUUGUAUAAGGAUUCUUGAGCUGAAAUACAUGGAACUGGAGAACAAGAAAUGUGAACCAAGGUAACUUUACAGUGGUCGGGUCUGUACAGCUGAGGUGUGCUUUGGCGUAGCUGAGAAAGAGCAGAGACUCCUCCGGCCUUGAUUCACAGUGGUUAAAAAGGGCAAGGCUCAUGUGGGCACUUAGUUCCCGUGGGGCUUUUUCCUCAGAACAUCCCCAAGUGCGUUGCUUCGUCUUGUUUUAGAGUCCUGUCCACUGGCUGCCAUCAUUCCCUAUUCUGCAGCCCAGUGGAGCUUUAUUAAAAUGUUUUGCCAAUAUUGAACUAAACUUUUACCUGCAGAAUGUCAUCCGUUGUUCUUUCUUACUAUGUACUUUCUUCAGCCGCGCUUAAGCGUCUUGGUUUUCACAUUUUUUGAAUAUACACUCCUGCCUCACCUCUGGUUGGGAAUUACAGUGUUAGGACACCUGUUACCCAAAACCACUGUAAACAAGACAGUGUCAACGUGAACGUAUGCUGAGGGGCGCAUAUUCGAGAUUUGCCCCUGGACUUUAACUUUACAGGUGUUUAAGGAUACUCUGUCUGAGGGUAUGUCUAUAUAAUAGCGCAGAAGUAUCCGAGCUAGCUUUAAUGAGCUUGCAUAUGUAGUUGUGGCAGCAUGAAGCCCAGCACAGGCUAUCAUAAUCAUGUACAUUGACACGUGUAAAGAUAACACAUUUGAACAGCAGCCUUCUGAAGCAUGGUCUGGAGAGGUGGUGACAGAAAAGGGGGACUGAAAGGAGUUUGUCUUUUCAGGUCUCCUGGGAAAGGGUUCAUCUCACCUAAUGUUAAUAUGCCCAACUCUCAUCUUAAGAGAGAUCAGAGGGAUUGCCUUCCAGAGAUGUCUCUGACUUCAGUGUCUACCUUUUUAUUGCUUAAUGUUAAGUGAGAUGAAUCCUACUGUUAGUCCCUCUGGUUAGGUCUACAUUGCAAACCCUUGCCAACACAGCUACAUCAUUCAGGGGUGUUUUGAGGUAUGAUUUGUGAUUGACAUAGCUCUGCCAGCAAAAGCUUUGCGCGUUAGAUGUAAAUAUACUACCCAAACCACCCUUUUGUCAGAACAGGUAGUUUUUUUCAUUUGUGGGGAGAGCAGAGAGCUGGGAUAUCGCACAGUGGCAAAAGCAGAGCUACAUCGCUACAGAUGUGUCCAGUCUGGGAGCAGCUGGUUGGUAAAACACCCUGCUAUAGCUAUCGUGGCAAAGCCUGCAAGGUGCGUGCCUGGCUCUUGGCAGUGCCACAAACGGUGCUCCAACUUGGUUGGCAGAUCCCAGCUUUCACGUGUGAAGUUGUCUUUAAGUGGCAGAAUGCAAGGUUUUCAUGUGUGGGUGAUUCCAGCCAAACUGAUUGUCCAUUUAAAUAGCUAUGCAAGGAGUUAAAUAUUUUCUUAUAUUGCAAUCUCUUAUGGAAGCCAACCAAUUGCGGUUUGUUUCUGUGUGGUUCAGUUGUUUGGACUAUCUUAUUUUAAAAAGACUAACCAAGCUUUUUAGGGGGUGGGGAAUGUUGUACGAGGUCUCAAAUCUCUAUCAGAUCCCACAGCGCAUACAAAUUUUCACGUUUCAAAUUUAUUUAGACCCUGGAAAUGCAAUGUUUGAAAAUUAACUCCUCAAAAGUGUCAUUUCAUGGCUUCACCUCUCUCUUGCAACAGGAUGCCUACGUGCCCAUUUGAAACAGAGCUGGCAAUGCAGUGCAAUGUUUCAUUGGAGGCAGCAUCAUGUUUUAUUUGAACUGUUUACCGAUAUCCUUUGUUUUUCUUUUCUUUUUUUCUGAAUAUAUUUCUGGUUCAUUGGUUACGAAAACCUACUCAUAAUUAUGCAAUGGAAUAGUGUUAUUUUCAUUUUUUUUCCUUUUUUUUUUUUUUUGAUGUCCUGAUGUUCAAGGAGUUUGCAAUAAAUAUACUGAGACUGAUCUGUGAUUGCAUGUAAGAUCAGCCUUACAACUGUGUUUUGUAAAGUUAAGUGCCGUAAAAGAACACGUGGGGAAGGGAGCGAGUAAGUGGAGGAGAAGGCUUCUUUGGCAGCUGCGGCUUUGACUGGUGGGUAGCAGCUUUGAAGCAAGAUUGCUGACCCCACUCUGUGCCAUUUUAGUAGCAGCCUGUAUCAUCAGACAGUGUGUGAAGGCAUUUUAUCGAAAACAUGCCUAGAGAGAAACUUUUACGGCUCAGCUGUUUACCUGUUCCUGUAUUCAUGCCUGCAAUAAAUGAGAUGAAAAA